GCGGCGCAGCGCUGCCCGCCCCGCCCGGCCCAUGGAGUUCGACGCGCGGCUGCUGCGGCCCGCGGGCGGCUUCGGGCGCCGCGCCCGGCUCCUGGCGGCCGCCACCUGGGUCCCCAACGCGGCGCUGGCGCUGGGCUUCUUCGCGGGGCUGCUGCUGGCGGCGCCGACCGCCCACCGCUGCCGCCCGGACCCCGCGCUGCUGCCGCCCGCGCUGCGCAACCUGUCGGGCCGGGCGCUGCUCAACGCCUCGGUGCCGCGGGGCCCCGCGGGCUGGAGCCGCUGCCUCCUGUAUCGCUACGCGCCCGGCGCCGCGGGGCCCAACCGCACCGGGCCCUGCACCCGCGGCUGGGACUACGAGCUGCCCGCGGCCGGGCUGCGCUCCAGCCUCGUCACCCAGUGGGACUUGGUGUGCUCGGAUCGCUGGAAGGUGCCACUCGAACAGACCACCUACCUGCUGGGCUGGCUCAGCGGCUGCAUUGUGCUCGGCUUGGCCUGCGACAGGUUUGGCCGGCGUCCCACCUUCGUGUUCUCCCUGGUGCUGGCGGUUCCCCUGGGCAUCGGUGUGGCGCUGGCACUGAAUUACAUGAUGCUGCUGUCGCUGCGGCUCCUCCUCGGUGCUGCGCUGGCUGGCACCUUCCUCUCCCUCUACGUCGCAAGGCUGGAGCUGUGCGACCCUCCCCACCGGCUGAUGGUCGUCAUGGUUGCGGGGUUCUUCUGGGUUGCUGGGGAGCUGCUGCUGCCGGGCUUGGCGGUGCUGUGUCGGCAAUGGCGGCUGCUGCAGGGGGCCGUGACGCUGACACUGGCCCUGCUGGCCACCUGCUGGGGCUGCCCGUCGCUGUUCCCGGAGUCGCCCCGCUGGCUGCUGGCCACGCGGCAGCUGGAGAAGGGCAGGAAGGGUCUGCGGGCCCUUGCGGAGGGCAACGGUGUGAGCCUGGAGGACGAAUUCUACAGCCAGGAGCACCUGUUAGCAGAGCUGGAGUCUGAGGGGGCCCCGCUGCCCCGCUACCACACGCUCUGCGAGGUCUUCAGCACCCGAGUCAUCUGGAAAAACAGCCUCAUCCUCGGCUUCACGGCGUUCAUCGGCAGCGGGAUCCGGCCCUGCUUCACACGCAACCUGGCUCCCUACCUCCCCCAGUUCCACUUCUCCUACUUCCUGCUGGCGGCGCUGGAGGCGGCGGCCUGCCUCUUCCUGUGCGUCACCGUCAACCGCGUCGGGCGCCGCCCCAUCCUGCUGCUCUGCACCAUCCUGACCGGCAUCGCCGCACUGCUGCUGCUGGCCCUGACGCAGUAUCUGCUGGACUGGAUCAUCCUGACCCUCUCUGUCCUGGGCAUCGCGUACUCACAGGCCGUCACCAUGCUCAGCAUCUUCUUUGCCAGUGAGGUCCUUCCCACCGUGGUCAGGGGCGCGGGGCUCGGCCUCAUCAUGGCCGCCAGCUUCGUGGGCAAAGCGGCCGGGCCCAUCAUGGACAUCCAGAACAACCGGGGCUUCUUCCUGCACCACGUGGUCUUUGCCUCCUUCGCCAUCCUGUCCGUGCUCAGCAUCAUGCUGCUGCCCGAGAGCAAGGGCAAGGGCCUGCCCGAGUCGCUGCAGGAUGGCGAGAGCCAGCGCCGGCCCCCGCUCUUCCGCUCCUCCCGCCGCAGGGACCAGCUGCCUCUGCUCUCGCCCCGCAGCGCCGGCCACGCCCCCGAGGCCCAGGACUACGCCCGCCUCGUCACUGCCACCAAGAAGAUGCUGAGCUCCCACCGGCGCCCCGCCCCGCGGGACAGGCAGCUGCUGCUGGAGCCAGCCCCACGGGGUGCCCCCCAGCAGGAGACUUAGCUGGGCUGGGCUGUCUGUGGGGACUGUGCCCUGCGGGCAGGGGGACAGCACCCAGCGUUAACUGCCCUGGGCUGCAGGUGUCUCCUGCCCCCAGCGGGCUGUGUCGUUUGUGUGCGGUACCUCCUAGGGCCCAUCACACCGCCACGGCCUGCACGACCGUCUCCGGGCGGCAGCUCCCUUCUGCUCGCCUGGAGGGCCUGGCAUGGCUGUUAGCGUGCCAUGCGCAGCCUCCUGCCGCUGCCGCUGCCUCACGGGGGUGUUUGGGGGCUCCCACAGCCCCUGCUGCAUACCAGCCCUGCAGGGAGCGGGGCCUGGAGGAGAGAGGGCCCCCACCCCCUCCUAAGGAGCCUGCGGGGAAGGGCCGCCCCGGCUCAGGGAACGCCAGGCCCCGUGCCCCCUGGCCAGGGGAGCAGCUCACCAAUAAAAUGUGCCUUAUUUCUAGCCAGGGCCUGGUUCUGCUUUCUCUGUGGGGGCCUUGGGGGGCCCGUGCCCUGGGCUAGCACUGGGCAGCCCCUUUAACCCAGCAGUAGCACUUCACUCCCCAUCCACGGGCAGCUGCCCCCUGCCCAUGCAGCACUAAGCGCCAGCCAGUACCAUGCUCCAAGCCUCUUUAUUGGGGCGUGUCGGGGGGAUUCGUACCUGGCACUUGGGUAAGAACCUCCCCCUGGGGCAGAGCCUCCUGGCACAGCCCUCCACCUCAGCGGGUCCCAGCCUGGGGCGGUCCCAGCCAGGCAGGGCCCGGGGGGCUGGCUCAGCUGGGCACCCCCUCCCUGCAGGGCUGCUGCCCUGCUCCCUCCUGCCUCUGUGGUGCUGCCAGGGCUAGGCCAGCUGUGCCUUGCCCCUCCCCCAGCCUCGCUUGGGCAAUCCCCCUGCUGGGUGCCACUGCAGGAAGUGGCUUUCCCCAGGCUUCCUGGGCCUUAGCUGCUCCGGGGCCCCUGCCAGCCCUGCCCCUCACUCCUGAUCCACAGCUCCCUGCCAGCCUUGUCCUGCACUGAGCUCGCUGGCCACCCCCCGGCAGGAGCCCCCGCCUUGGAGGACUGUGUUCUCUGCCCUCUCCCAGCUCAGCUACUCCGGGAGCCAGGCGCCCAGCUAGCUUCUGCCCCUUCCAUGUCGGCUGCGAGAGUGCCCUGACCCUCCCUGAAUAACGUACCUGCUCCCCCCUGCCCUGCCAGCCCUGCCCCUCUCCUCCCCCUGCCCUGCCCCUCUCCUGCACCUGCUCCCGGCUGCCCCUUGAGAGCCAGGCUAAAGUUAAGGCUGGCUGCGGUGCUCUCCCCGUUGCCCUGUUGCUGGUGCCCGCUGCCUCUGGCUUUGGACGCCGGCCUGCCAGGAACCUCCCCCUGCGGCCUGGCUCAGCACUCACUGCAGGUCGAGCUGGGCGCGGGGGUCUCCGUGCAGUUCUCACAUCCCUGUGCCCUCCUGGGGCGGGUGUGUGGGCAGAGGCAGGGCUGAGCUGCAGGAAGUGGCUUCGCCCAGCCUAGCC